CAGCAGACAGACUGCAUCAUUUUUUGCACAGGCUGCAGCAGCAGCGGGGAGAGAGGGAGCAGGUGGAGAGUUCAGAGACUGCAGUGAAGCUGCCCUCGAGACAUGGCGGAUCAGUGCCUGUGAAUAAGCAAAAAAUCCCCAAGCUGCCUCCCCUCCGAGCCCCGGUUCGCUGGGCUGCUGCUGACAGGCCAAGGAGAAAGGAGAGAAGCGGCCAGAGGACAAAUGGUGCGGCAGCCUUUUCUUUGAUUUCCUCCCCUUCUUCUCCAUGUUGCAUCUCUCGUCAGUGCUUUAGUCAGUGUUGCUGCUGCUGCUAGCAGGAGCAUCCAGGGACAGUGCCAUCCAUCCCUCCCUCCCUCCCUUCCCCCCACCCCCUCUCCAUCUAUCUGUCCAUCCAUCUAUCCAUCCACAAGGGCUAUGGCUGCAGAAGAGGGCUUGCAGACAGUGGAUCACUAUAAGGCUGAGAUCGAAAGGCUGACUAAGGAGCUCACCGAAACAACCCACGAAAAGAUCCAGGCAGCUGAAUAUGGGCUGGUGGUGCUGGAGGAAAAACUCACCCUGAAGCAGCAAUAUGACGAGCUGGAGGCUGACUACGAUUGCCUUAAACAGGAGCUGGAGCAGCUGAGAGAGGCAUUUGGACAAUCAUUCUCAAUCCACCGCAAAGUGGCCGAAGAUGGUGAAACACGUGAAGAGACUCUCCUGCAGGAGUCUGCAUCAAAGGAAGCUUAUUACCUAGGGAAGAUUUUGGAGAUGCAAAAUGAGCUGAAACAGAGCAGGGCAGUGGUCACCAAGGUUCAAGCAGAGAAUGAGAGGCUCACUGCUAUCGUCCAUGACCUGAAAGAGAAUAACGAAAUGGCAGAGCUGCAGAGAAUACGGAUGAAAGACGAAAUUCGAGAAUACAAGUUCCGAGAGGCAAGACUUCUUCAGGAUUACACAGAGCUUGAAGAAGAAAAUAUCACUUUGCAAAAACUGGUGUCCACACUGAAACAGAACCAAGUUGAAUAUGAAGGUUUAAAGCAUGAGAUUAAACGAUUUGAGGAGGAGACAGUAUUGCUUAAUAGCCAGCUAGAAGAUGCCAUCCGAUUGAAGGAGAUUGCCGAACAUCAACUGGAGGAAGCCCUGGAGACUUUAAAAAAUGAAAGGGAGCAAAAGAACAAUCUGAGGAAGGAACUCUCCCAGUAUAUCAACCUCAAUGAUAGUAUGUACAGUAAUCACAUUAAUAUAUCGGUAGAUGGAUUAAAGUUUGCAGAGGAUGGGAGCGAACCUAAUAAUGAUGACAAAAUGAACGGGCACAUCCAUGGGCCUCUUGUGAAACUGAAUGGAGAUUACCGGACUCCCGCAGUUAGGAAAGGAGAAUCUCUGCACCCAGUCUCUGAUCUCUUCAGUGAGCUCAACAUAUCGGAAAUGCAGAAAUUGAAGCAGCAACUUGUGCAGGUGGAGAGAGAAAAGGCUAUUCUCCUGGCCAACCUUCAGGAGUCCCAAACGCAGCUAGAACACACAAAGGGAGCCCUGACUGAGCAACAUGAGCGGGUCCACAGGCUCACAGAGCACGUCAACGCCAUGAGGGGACUGCAGAGCAACAAGGAGCUGAAAGUAGAGCUGGACUGUGAGAAGGGCCGAGACUCCAGCGAGGAAACUCAUGACUAUGAAGUAGACAUCAAUGGCCUGGAGAUCCUAGAGUGUAAAUACAAAGUGGCCGUGACAGAAGUGAUUGACCUUAAAGCUGAGAUAAAGGCCUUAAAGGAGAAAUACAAUAAAUGUGUGGAAACAUACACCGAAGAAAAGGCGAAGUAUGAGAGCAGGAUCCAGAGGUAUGAUGAGCAGGUGACGAACCUGGAAAAAUCAACUAAGGAAAGUUACGAGAAAAUGGUUCACAUAGAAAAAGAGUUGCAAAGGAUGACAAGCGUAGCGAAUGAAAACCAUAAUACCCUCAACACAGCCCAGGAUGAGCUGGUGACAUUUAGUGAAGAGCUGGCUCAGCUCUAUCACCAUGUAUGUUUGUGUAAUAAUGAAACUCCCAAUAGGGUCAUGUUGGACUAUUACAGGCAAAGUAGAGUCACUCGUAGUGGGAGCCUGAAGGGACCUGAUGAUCCUAGGGGGCUCCUGUCUCCACGGCUCACCAGAAGAGGAACGGCAUCCCCGGUAGAAGCCAGGACCCCAACUGAGCAUGUUUCGAAAGAGAGCAUAGAGGCUGGCAAAGAACAAAGUCCAACCAAGACACCUACGAUUUCUCCUGUCAUCACGGCCCCUCCUUCCUCUCCAGUCUCUGACACCAGUGACAUACGCAAAGAGCCAAUGAACAUCUACAACCUAAAUGCAAUAAUACGGGACCAAAUCAAGCACCUGCAGAAGGCUGUAGAUCGGUCACUGCAGCUGUCACGCCAGCGUGCGGCAGCACGUGAAUUGGUGCCCAUGAUUGAUAAGGACAAGGAGGCCUUAAUGGAAGAGAUACUGAAACUGAAGUCCCUGCUGAGUACAAAACGGGAGCAGAUAGCAACCCUGAGGGCAGUGUUGAAAGCCAACAAACAGACAGCUGAAGUGGCACUGGCCAAUCUGAAGAAUAAAUAUGAGAAUGAAAAAUCAAUGGUGACUGAAACCAUGACCAAACUGCGAAAUGAAUUAAAGGCUUUGAAAGAAGAUGCAGCAACCUUCUCAUCCUUGAGAGCAAUGUUUGCAACCAGAGGAGAACUGGAGAAGGGAGAUACAAGAUCUGUCGGAUCCCAGUGUGAUGAGUAUGUCACACAGUUGGACGAGAUGCAAAGGCAGUUGGCAGCUGCAGAGGAUGAGAAGAAGACCUUAAACUCUCUAUUGCGGAUGGCUAUCCAGCAAAAACUUGCCCUCACCCAGCGAUUGGAGGAUUUAGAGUUCGAUCAUGAGCAGUCCCGACGCAGCAAAGGCAAGCUUGGAAAGAGCAAGGACAGCCGCUCUAAAGUAAGUGAGGAAGCAUCAGCCACCGUGCCAACCAUAGACACUUUCCUCCUGCAUAGUCAGGGCCCACAGCAACCAAACUUACUGGUCAGCAGUGGCACUCAGAGGAAAAGACUAUUCUCACCUUCCCCUUGUGAUCAGAGCCAUCCCAGGACUUCAGGGACCUACCUACAGAAUAUAUUAAGAGCCCCCCUUGAUCCCACCUCCACAGAAUCAUUUCUUCUGAGGGGCCCCCCUUCCAUGAGUGAACUCAUCCAUGAGUACCGUCUCAGCAAGGAAAAAAGGUUAACCGUGGCCAUACCAGUUUCUUGUAGAUUAUCAGCAGCCUGCUGCCUCCAUACCACUACGCAGCUCACAACUAGCCAGGGGGCCAGACUGCCAGACUGUCAGUCCUAAUGUAGCCCUUCCAGAAGAGCAGCCACAUUCCAGCUCUCAGUGUGCCCCUCUCAACUGUCUCUCCAAGCCUCCUCCUUAUUCCUAAUCUUCAGAUGCAACAUAAGAGAAAAAACAAACAAACAAACGGGAGUGGAGCUCACACAACAAAGGUAUAAGUUGCUCCCAAGGAUUCAGUAGACAAUCCUGCCUUGUUGCUGCAUUGAUAACUCUGGAUUCAUAUCCAAUGUUUUGGCAACCAAGUGUUGGUUGAGAAGAAGAACACAAAGCACAGAGCCCUGCCUGUCAAGAAGACUUUUUAUGGUUCCUCUAAUUAUAUUCAAACUUUGCUAUCACACCUGAAGUUUAGUGAAAUUUGAUAAAGUGAGAAAAUGUUCCUCCCAGCUGCUUGGCUUUACCUCUGAAAUAUUGAGAGACUUAAGCCAAUAUUUAAAAAAAAAAAAAGUUACAAAAUCCUAUUUUCACAUCCUCUACGUUCAGCCAUACGAACCAGUUCCGAUUUUCUUUUCUGUCAUUAAGAGUGUGAUAUUUAUUUUUACUUUAUUUGCACCAUAAUUUUGUGUUUAUAAAAUGUGGUCCUGGUUUUUGGAUUUUGUUUUGUUUUGUUUCUCUUUUUGGUGAGAGUUGUAUUUAAUUUAUUUUAUUUUUAAAAGACAACCAGAAAUAGCUUAAGUUAAGAAUGAUUGAGUUGGUAUUUAAAAAAAAAUGAUGAUUGUUAUCUUGGCCAGAGAGUAUGGCCUAUUUUUUUUAUUGCACAAAAACAUUGAAAAUGGGGUGAAUUGGAAUGUUAACAGUGACUUUGUAUUUUGCUGCUGCACUGAUAUUGUUUAUGCACUUGUUUUCUAAUUUCUAUUACACUAGCUGCUGGUUUUGUUCUAGGUCUUCACUGGAAGCUAAUUAUUAAACCUAAGAAGGAGAUUAAAGAAUGAUGCUUUGAUUUUCAUUCAGUUAUUUGCUUACAUUUUAAGUAUAUUUUUGCAUUUCAGACAAGUAGAUGAAUUGGUGCUUUUUCUGGGGGGUGUGGGGAGGGUUCUGUCUGGUAUCUGAGAAAGAAAAGCUAAAACAACGUGAAAUAAAUUGUUGUGUGUUAAUUAAAAUCUUCCGGUUUUGUUCCUGCUCCCAAAUUGAGGGUACUUGUUUGAGGCCUUACCAGUGAAAGGAUAAAGAGUAAGAAUGGUGAGGUUAUAUACAUUUAGCAUGAGAUUUUCUAUGGUGAAAUACCUCAUGCAUGUAGGGUUAAUGGCUUGGAUUGAAAUUGGCAGGAUUUUACUGUAGUGCAUUUUUUCCCUUGCCAAAUAUUAACAAAUACAGAACCUUAGCUCAUUGUCAGUUUAUGACAAAUACUCAGGUGACCUAUGGUGCACAGUGUUCCUAGUUCAAGAAUCUCUCCUCUAAAGGCUGGAUAAAGCUGUGUUGCAGAGUAGUGGAUUUUCACAGCAAAAUGAAGGAUAGCUGAAUUUAUUUUGCACAGAAUCUGACAGCAAGGCGAGUAGCUAAAUAAACUGUGGUGUCUUAGCACCUUUGGGCUUCUUAUCUGAUCAUCAAGAUGGAAAAAUACAAGUACUGCCCAGUCGUUGCUAAUUAGCAUACUCCUUGCUCUUGGUCAGUGGCCUUAAUUUAUUUAAAGAAGACAGGCGUUGAUAUUUCCAUGUUUCUGUCUGUUCCUUCUCUGCGGGGUUAAUAUGAUCCACAAGAGGGAAAUACAAAUACAGCUUACUAUUUGCAGCAAUUAAAAAAGAAAAAUUGGUGCAGAUAUAGUUGGAAUAAUUCAAUAUAACUGAAUUUGAGGAAAUAAACACAGUCCUCCAAUACUAACAGUGCUUACCAAAUGUAAUAACGUACAGUAUAUAGGUGGAGGAAAAAAUCAGUGGCCAAUCAGUGUGCCUAACAAUCAUUACCAUAGUACCAGUAAUGAAGGUGCUGUAAAUAGAAGUAUUCUAAUGUAAUCAACAAUGUACACUAUAUAACCUUGUCAGAGCCAUUGAGCUAAUAUAACAAAACGUGUAGAAUCGGAGGUGGAGAAAAAUAGAAACAAAUUCAUGUAAAAGUCUAAUCAUACCAACCUAACAACUCUUUGCAUUGUUUCUAUAUACGUUUCCAAGAUGUUCACUUCUUGUACUGCAUUCACAUAACUAUUUAGUGCCAUACAUAACCUACUCUUCUAACAGAAAAGUCUGAUAAAACUUGUUUAGCAUUAUCAUGCUGUUUUGGCACUAAGAUUAGCUGCUAUGUAGAUUUUUAUUAAAGAACUGUUUUGUCUGGGCAAAUGCUGCCUUUAAAAAGCACCUCGGAAUACCUGACAAUGUUAGAUCAGUGUAUUAUUAUUCCUCAGUGGUAGCAUCUGUGUCCAACAAAGAUAGCUACUGCAUAUCAGUUAAGUGAGAAAAGAAUUAGUAUUGCCACAUUGUAUACAGUUGCUGUAAACUGUAUUUAGAAUAUUAUCUCCUGUUUUCAUAUCCAAACCAGACAUCUGUUGAAACUACAAAGAACAUUUCUUUCCCUCUAAUUUAAAAACAAAUUCUAAAAAAUCCUAUAUGGUUUAGUUUCUUUUUAUAUAGAUAUGAAUCUGUGGAGA